GCCUGAGGCGCACGGCGCGGGGUCCGGGGCGCAGCGGCGAGGGUGCGCGUGCGCGCCGUCUCUAGGCCGGAGCGCGGCCCGGUCUGACCCUCCCUCAGGCGGGCGGCGCGGCCUGCGGACCCACCGUCGUCCCCCGCGCUCUUUUGUGGUGCGUGGCCCCGCCGGGCCUGGGCCUCUGCACGGGCGAACGAUUUCUGACGGGUCGGCAGUUGCGCGUGGACGUCUGCGCUUCCGAAAUUAGGAUUCCUUGCUUGUUUGAAACAGGUUCCCGCGCUGUAGCCCAGGCUAUCCCCGCCUGGCGUCCACCUCUCAAGUGCUGGGAUUCCCGCUGUGAGCCUCUCGCGCCCGACAAAUUUCAGACAAAGUCUGUUUUUCAACAAUGCCGAAGUCAAAUGAUUGCUUUUUUUCCACGGAUAAUUUGUUUUUCAGUAGCCCAGAUGAAACUGAAAACUUUCCAGUUAAGGAAAAGCCGCUGGAUUGGUUUCUCCCUCCAGCUCCACUGAUUUCAGAAAUUCCAGAUAUUCAAGAGUUAGAGGAAGAAAUUGAAAGUUAUAAGCUAUUAGGAGAAGGAAAGAUGCCAAGAAUGUUAACAUCAAACUUGAAGAUCAUUAAUGAAGACACAAAUUGUAUUUCACCAACACAAAAAUUCCAUUUUCCUUAUAACAUACAUGAACAGGAUUACCUAAAUUUAGGAGGAUCAAGUAACAAUGGCAGGUCACAUAUAGCUGGGAAGCUGAUGUAUGGUUCUUCUCAGAAGUAUACAAAUCAUGUGAGCAAUGAGAGUCCACCUGCAAAGAGUAGUCCUGGUGAUGCAAAAUUACAUAAUGCUGCAGAAGACAGAGAGGGUGCAUCAGCAGUCCAAAAAAGCUCAAUGAAACUUACCCAAACAAAAAUAAGCAAAGAGAAAUCAUGGAAGUGUAGCAAUAAUAAGCAGAAACUUCAGUAUUCUACAAACAAAUUCAAAACCAAUGAUGCCUUUUCUGCUUCUGGAAUUGGAAAAGACGUGUUCAAAGCACCGCUGUUUUCUGCUGCAUCUCAGCCUCAUGAUAUUCAAGGCAUAACCCCAAAUGACUUAAGUUCUUUGAAGGCUGUCACAGAAAUCCCGGCAAAAUUUAGAAGUAUAUUCAAAGAAUUCCCUUACUUCAACUAUAUACAAUCCAAAGCCUUUGAUGAUCUUCUUUACACAGACAGAAAUUUUGUGAUUUGUGCUCCUACUGGUUCUGGGAAAACUGCAGUGUUUGAGCUAGCAAUAACAAGAUUGUUAAUGGAAGUACCAUUGCCAUGGCUGAACAUGAAAAUUGUUUACAUGGCACCAAUAAAAGCCCUUUGUAGUCAGCGGUUUGAUGACUGGAAAGAAAAAUUUGGACCAAUAGGCUUGACUUGUAAAGAACUUACUGGUGAUACAGUUAUGGAUGACCUGUUUGAGAUUCAGCAUGCAAAUAUAAUUAUGACAACUCCAGAGAAGUGGGACAGUAUGACUAGGAAGUGGAGAGACAACUCUUUCAUCCAACUGGUUCGACUGUUUCUCAUUGAUGAGGUGCAUGUUAUUAAAGAUGAAAACCGUGGUCCAACUCUUGAAGUUGUAGUUAGCAGAAUGAAAACUGUACAGUCUUUAUCUAGGGCCUUAGAAAAUGCUAGCCCAGUUCCAGUGAGGUUUGUGGCUGUAUCUGCAACAAUUCCCAACGUUGAAGAUAUCGCAGAAUGGCUUUCAGAUGGUGAGAGACCUGCUGUAUGUCUGAAAAUGGAUGAGAGCCAUAGACCUGUGAAACUUGAAAAAGUGGUCCUGGGUUUUCCCUGUAGUAGUAACCAGACUGAAUUUAAGUUUGAUUUAGCUCUCAACUACAAAGUGUACAGUGUUAUUCGAACAUACUCUGAUCAGAAGCCCACACUUGUGUUUUGUGCAACAAGGAAAGGUGUGCAGCAGGCUGCUUCUGUUCUUGUGAAGGAUGCUAAACUUAUCAUCACCGUGGAGCAGAAACUACGGUUGCAGAAGUCUGCAUAUUCUAUAAGGGAUUCAAAGCUUAAAGAUACCUUGGUAUAUGGUGUUGGUUACCAUCAUGCUGGAAUGGAGCUGUCAGAUAGAAAAUUGGUUGAAGGAUUGUUUACCUCUGGAGAUCUACCAGUUCUUUUUACUACCAGUACUCUAGCUAUGGGAGUGAACUUGCCGGCUCACCUGGUCAUUAUAAAGUCUACCAUGCACUACACUGGAGGUAUGUUUGAAGAGUACAGCGAAACAGACAUUCUGCAGAUGAUUGGGAGAGCUGGAAGACCCCAGUUUGACAGCACAGCUACUGCAGUUAUCAUGACUCGGUUAAGUACAAGAGAGAAGUACGUUCAGAUGCUAGCUUGUAACGACGCUGUAGAAAGCAGUUUGCACAGACAUCUUAUUGAGCAUUUAAAUGCAGAGAUAGUACUGCACACCAUCACAGAUGUGAACGUUGCUCUGGACUGGAUCCGAUCAACACUGCUGUAUAUCAGAGCUCUGAAAAACCCGUCGCACUAUGGUUUUGUGUCUGGGUUGAACAAAGAUGGAAUUGAAGCAAAAUUACAAGAAUUAUGUUUGAAGAAUCUGAAAGAUUUAUCAUCACUAGACCUGAUAAAGAUGGAUGAAGAUGUUAAUUUCAAACCAACAGAGGCAGGAAGACUAAUGGCAUGGUAUUAUAUUACGUUUGAGACAGUCAAGAAAUUUUGUGCAAUCAGUGGAAAAGAAACUUUAUCAGAUUUAAUUUCAAUGAUAUCCAGCUGCAAUGAGUUUCUAGAUGUGCAGCUGAGGAUAAGCGAAAAGAGAACACUGAAUACCUUAAACAAAGACCCAAACCAGAUAACUAUCAGAUUUCCAAUGGAAGGGAAAAUUAAAACAAGAGAAAUGAAAGUAAACUGUCUUAUUCAGGCUCAGCUAGGAUGCAUUCCUAUACAAGACUUUGCUUUGACACAAGAUACCUCGAAGAUUUUCAGAAAUGGCUCACGAAUUGUAAGAUGGCUGUCAGAUUUUGUGGCUAUUCAGGAAAAGAAGUUUGCUGUGCUUUUAAACAGUGUAAUUUUAGCGAAAUGUUUUAAGUGUAAACUCUGGGAAAACUCUCAACAUAUAUCUAAACAGCUGGAUAAAAUUGGCAUAUCAUUGUCAAAUACCAUGGUAAAUGCAGGCUUGACUUCAUUUAAAAAAAUAGAAGAAGCAAAUGCAAGAGAACUUGAACUGAUUUUAAAUAGACACCCGCCCUUCGGGACCCAGAUAAAAGAAGCUGUGAUGUAUCUGCCCAAGUAUGAGCUUGAGGUGGAGCAGAUUGAAAGAUACAGUGAUACCAAGGCAGAAAUAUUGGUGACCGUUAUAUUAAGAAACUUUGAGCAGCUGCAAACUAAAAGAACAGCGCCAGACUUUCACUAUGCCUCCUUAAUCAUAGGUGAUGCAGAUAACCAAGUCAUUUUUAAGCACAAAGUUAUGGAUUCUGUCUUGUUAAAAAGUGGAAAUUGGGUUAAAAAAAUUGAUGUGAAGAGAGCUCUUAUAUCAGAAGAUCUCAGCAUAAAUCUAAUUAGUUCCGAUUAUGUUGGUCUUGAUAUUCACCAGAAAUUUACAGUCUUUUAUUUAGGACCUAGGAAGUUGGUAAAUCAAACAGUUAUAAAAAGAAGCUCAGAAACAGGUGUUUCUCAUUCUGAAUACUCAGAUAGAGCUGCUGCAGCAGGAUCCAGUAAAGGAAUGACUAUCUGCAAAAAACCUGGGAACCGAGAAUGCCAUCAUCAUUGUAAAAAUAAACAUGCAUGUGGACAUGACUGCUGUAAAAUUGGAGUUGCACAAAAGCCAGAAGUUAGAGAGUCAGCAGUGUCUUCGUAUCUGUCUGACUUAAAAAGCAGAGAUGCUGUUUCUUCUCUUCCUCCAGCAAAGCGACUCAAGAUGCAGAUGAACAAAUCUCAAAAUGUGGACCUUAAAGAGUUUGGUUUUAUUCCAAGGCCUUCCCUUUCCACUAUAUCAAGGUCAGAAUAUUUAAACAUCCCUGACUUGCCAAUAUUAGAACAGAGGAAUCAGCAUGAAAUCUAUGGAAAAGUUCAGCAGGGACCAUCUGAAUAUCCUGACAAAGACUUUCCUGGGUGGGACUGUUGUACAACUUCCAAUGAGGAGACCGCUCAAACUGUGAUGUUCAGCAGACAUGCUGGUACCCCUGGAAACCACAGAGCCGCAGAUGCAGAUAAAAGCAAGCCUCCAGACGCUUCGCACAUGGACUUAGAGCUGGGGAGUGAAGUUUGGGAGGACUUUGAUGAUGAAAGCUUAAUAGAAGUUCUGAGCUUCUCAGCUGAUGCUGAGAAGAUGGCUAUAUCAGGAUUUGGAGACACUCAUGAUUCAAGUCUCGGCAGAAGUAAGCUACCCUUCCAAAAGUCAAGUAGCAGAUUCCAAAGAGACAACUCAAACAGUUUUGUGUCAUCACCUGAGAAGCCAGAUGUUUAUUUACCAGAUUGUUCCAUGUCCAACUUUGGUCCAUCCUCAGUGGCAGAGUUCCCUCAGCAAGCUGGAAAUGCAAGUCUUGUCAAUUUACAAGAGAAAAGACAGCCAACUCUCUCACCUGUGAUUGAGAGGAUGUGCUUUGCCCACUCUAAGAAAAUACCACAGUCUUCAAAGUUUAAGGAAGUGGAUAUUUUUAUUGGAAACAGUGGCUCUAAAAAGGAAAUUGAUCUUAGUAAGUAUUAUCCUGAUGAUGCAGCUGAAGAAAUGAAGGCCCUAGUGGGAAUAUUUAAUGGAAUUUUCUAAAGAAAAAAAUAUAGUUAA